AUGGUCUUCAUCAAGUCGUCGAAGUACAUCAGCUUCGAUCUUGCUUUCUUCUGGAACCAGGUGUUUGUUUGGACAGUGGCCACCGUCGCCUUCAUCAACAUCUUAAAGUUUCUUCGCCUCCUUCGCUUCAAUCCGCUCAUGUCCGUCUUGAUGACGUCAUUACGUCGUAUGUUACCAGAGGUCGCGGGCUUUGCCGUCUACUUCACCUUCCUGUUUCUGUCAUUCGUGCAGCUGGGCCACUUGGUGUUCGGGCUGAAAAUACAGGAAUACUCAACAAUUGCCGCAUCAGGAAAGAGUCUCUUCCUCUGUGCAUUGGGGAGUUUCAAUUUUGAUGAAAUUCUAAGCACCAGUAGAAUCAUCGGGCCCAUGUUCCUGUACGCCUAUCUGUGCAUCGUCUUCAUCAUCAUCAUCAACAUCCUGGUGGCCAUCAUCAAUGACGCACUUGUGGUCAUGAGAGGGUUCACGCCGCCUCAGGAACAUAGGGAGAUUCUGGACGAGUUGUGGAGGAGGCUUGCCAACUUCCUUGGCCUGACAAACUCUGCAAGUCGGGAAAACUAG